GUUUGCACCCAAGUCUCGAUCGUUUAGGAACCCAGCCGAAUGUACACAAAUCACGUUCUUUUUGGGGGUUACUGUGCCUCGGUCAUUUGCAUAGUAAAUCAUCAUCCUGCUCUGCCAGGGAGUAGCUAGGGUAUCCGUGAAAAAUCAUCACCGAACGGAGAGUGUGGAGAGUGUGAGAAUUUACUGAAGAAGAAGAGCGAUCCUCGGAGCGAAAUUUUCUCGAAAAAUAUCUGGCAGGAAUCGACUUUCUUUCGAGGAAAUCUCGCUCGCGCAUUUGGCUUUCGAACGUCAACCACGGCAGACGCAGCAGUUUCAGUACGUGCGGUUUCAAUUUUCCGUUCGGUGUCCUACCAGCAGAUCUUGCGGCGACCGAGACAGACAUUUUGAUCGUUGGCGACAAAUUUCUUCGCUUUCUGAACUGUCAAGAUCACAAUUAAUCAGAUUGGGAUUUACGAUUUUCGGUUUAUUUUUCUGAACUGUGUUGCCAUUCGUGCGUGUGAUUUCGACGGGGCGGUUGUGAAUUGGUAUGGUUGAUGUAGGAAACUACUGAAGCUGAACCUCUGUGCUUGUGUGUCGAUCGCUGGUUCAGGAAAUCAAUAGCGACCAUCGAAAGUGUGGUGCAUCUGUUCAAGUGAGGGCAGUUUUGUGGAUGCUCGAAGCAUACAUAUAUUUCUAUAGUAGUGAGAUAUUCAAAACGAACCACGAAUAGAAUACAGUCCUGAUUCGACCCAAAACGGUAAACGUGUAUUUGUUCAGAAAAGAUAAUAAAAGUCGGAAUUUACGACUUCAAUGACCAACAGCGGUAGAAGAAAGGAAAACUGUUCAAAUGAGAAAAUAACUUCACCACCGACGACGACGACGACGACGACGACGAAGACUUCGUAGUCAACAGAGGCGGGGGAAAACACCGAGCAGGCGAUCGAGCGGUGGCGGGUGUUGAAAAGUGAAAAGUGACCUUUGGCUCUCGGUGGCAGCUGGGAAAAUUCCGUCCCGUGUUUCGAAACGUGUCGUCGCAGUAGCCGAGGCGAAGCAAGUGGAAAACCGACGCAUUCUGCGCGUUCGGGGCAAGACAAACAUAAAAAAAAGUAAACAACCAAGAAGGGUCCAAGAUGAUCAAGGUCGACGAAAACUAUCCCGUACAAGAGCUCGAGCCGGCAUUCCCCUACCGACAGGUGGCGCUGAGGGAGAAUGUCGAUCCGCGGCAGAAGUUUGACAUCCUGCCGGAGCUGGGCCGGGGAACGUUCGGAACGGUGUUCAUGUGUCGGGAGAAGUCCAGCGGUCUGGAGCUGGCGGCCAAAAUAGUGGCCUGCCAGAAGAAGAAGGAACGUACCGACGCGAUGCGGGAGAUCGAUAUCAUGAGCUGCCUGCACCAUCCUCGGUUGAUCCAGCUGUUCGAUGCGUUCGACUAUGAGAAUAAGGUCUAUGUGAUACUGGAACUAGUCCAAGGUGGAGAGCUGUUCGAGCGCGUAAUAGACGAUGACUUUGUGCUGACUGAGAAAGCGUGCGCCGUCUUCAUGCGACAAAUCUGCGAGGGAAUGGAAUACAUCCACAGCAGGAGCAUAAUUCAUCUGGACAUGAAGCCCGAAAACAUUCUCUGCCUCACAAAGACUGGUAACAGGAUAAAGAUUAUCGAUUUCGGAUUUGCCAGGCGAUUUGAUCCCAGCAAAAAGCUUCAUGCCAUGUUCGGCACGCCAGAGUUCGCCGCCCCGGAAGUCCUCAACUAUGAUGAAAUCUACUUCUACACGGACAUGUGGAGUUUGGGAGUCAUCUGCUACGUUCUACUGUCCGGUCUGUCGCCGUUCGUCGGCGACAACGACAUGGCCACCAUGAACAACGUCGUGACCAGCAACUACUCGUUCAAGUACAGCUCCUUCGACGCCGUGUCGGAGGAUGCGAUGGACUUUGUCCGCCAGUUGCUGGUGCGCGAUGGCUCCAAGCGGCUCACCGCCAAGCAAGCCCUCAACCACAAGUGGCUCGCCGAGACGGUCCACGACACGACCGAACUAUCUAUAACAAAGACAAAAUUGAAACGUUAUGUUAUUAAGAAACGGUGGAUCAAGGCGGUCAAUACGAUCAUCGCCCUGCGGCGGAUGGGUGCCCGGAUCGAUUUAGAUCUGAUCUGAUCUGAUCCAAUCCUUAACUAAUCCAACAGCAGCAGCAGCAGCAGCAUCGACAUGCGACCCUGCGGCCAGGGAAAAGACGAACGGCGAGAGGGAGUCGAACGGGUUAAUUCAAUAGGAAUGAUAUCGUCUUGUUAUGUUUCUGUAUCCUAGGAAGCUCUCUUCCCGGAGUUUCGGUUUUCUAGCUUGUAAGUAAAAGUGAUUGUCCUUGUCACAGUUAAGUGUUGUACUAUACUUCGUUAUGUAUGCUCAACUGCUACGUCAUUAACGUUCUAAACACAUUUCAUACACAAACUUCGAUAGGUACACCGCAGCUAAAUAUUCAAACACGUUUUCAGGACCAUGACUCGCACAACUAUUUAUGUGGAAACCGUGUUCCCAGACACACUCCUUACUUUACACGACUCUAUUGCUCUCAUACACCUCAUACACGUUAGGAAUCACGUUUUCAGGUGAUUUUACCAGCCAACGAGAUGAUCUAGGAAAUAUUAUCAUACACAUUUGUAAAUAAUUGAUUCAAUAAAGCAGAUUUUAAUUGUAGUCAAUUAGCAUUGUAAGACACCUUCUUUGUAUAUGUAAUCGAAAGGGGUAAUUUCCUUAGUACGAGUAAUAAAUUCUAUAAGUAAUGAAAAA